UUGUGUUUUGCUGUUAAUCGCCAUCAUUGGAAAAAAAUAUUGGCGCUUUAGAGCCUUAGUUCGAGGUUUUAAUUUCACCGGUGGUUUAAAUAUAAAGAGCCCAGAGCCGAAAGGAGGUUUUUAUAGGAUAUUGACGAGAACAACAACAACAACAACGCGAGGCUUUCCGGUAGCGCCGGGCCGUACCUGAGAGACACUCGAAUCCAGGCUCGUCUAUUUGUUCCUGGUCACUCCAGCAUGGGUAAGAAGACUCUGCCGCGGGAGGAGGAAGAGGAGGAGGAGGAAGAGGGGUCCUCUGAGGAAGAGGAGUACGUGGUGGAGAAGGUGCUGGACAGGAGGGUCGUGAAGGGCAGGGUCGAAUUCUUCCUCAAGUGGAAGGGCUUCUCAGAGAAGAACAACACGUGGGAGCCGGAGAAGAACCUGGACUGUCCGGAGCUGAUCUCCGCGUUCCUGAAGACCUACAAGAAGAAGGAGAGCAGCAGCGGGGGGGGCAGCAGCACAGCGGCCAGCGGGGGGCGCUCUCGAGACACUGGGAGCAAGAGGAAGAACCCCAGCGAGGAUGACGAGGAGAGCCGCGCCAAGAGGAAGAAAGAGGACGACAUCCUGAUUGCCAGAGGCUUCGAGAGAGGUCUGGAGCCAGAGAAGAUCAUCGGAGCCACAGACUCGUGCGGGGAUUUGAUGUUCCUGAUGAAAUGGAAGGACUCUGACGAGGCUGACCUGGUCCUGGCGAAGGAGGCCAACGUGAAGUGCCCGCAGAUCGUCAUCGCGUUCUACGAGGAGCGGCUCACGUGGCACGAUGAUGGAGAGAAGAAAGGGAAGGAGAAGGAGAAGGAGAAGGGGGCGCUGUGAGUGUCCGAGCCUGCAGACACACCUCCUCGAUACCCACCCACACUGACCGCCGACGGGCAGCAAGGUUACAAACAAACGAAACACACUCCGGAAAUACCAGGCGAAAGUACAGCCACUACCGCUCCCAUUGCACCGGGAUCAUUCAUUCAUACAUUCUGUCAUGUUUAAAUAUGCGCCUGUGUAAUACAGGGCUCAAAAAAAAUAAACAAACAGGACGUGAAACUCUGGCUGAAGUCGCCAAGCCGCAGAAUUAUCCAAGGAUUUAAACGGUUCAAACAUCUCGUCACUUCUUUCUUUCCAGGAACCCAUUACUACCUAAAAAUAAGUAAACGGUCCAACCAAACCAAUUCAUUCUCGUCACUCUCGCCAAUUCAUUCCAGGGGCGUUAUCAAAAAAAAAAAAAAAAAAAAAAAAAAAAAAGAUCGCGCUUAAACUUUUUUUUUUUUCAUGUAAACAGGAUAUUGAUUUUAAAUUGGGUGUCUCCUGCUUUUUUUUUUAGUAUGUGGCGACAAACUAAAAUACACGAGAGAAAAAAAAAGGGUAGCCUUGGUAUUUCUUUCUUGUUUUAAUCAGACAACACAGAGGUCAGGCUACAGGUGUCAGUGUGUUGUGUUUGUGUUUUUUCUCCUUUUACCCAACACUGCACUGCUCUCCCGGUUGCUUUUGUAAAGUGGUAUGAUUAAAUUGCUCCCUGCCAUCUCCACCAGAACACACGCUGAUUAUGUGAUUGGCUGGUUUCACAGACCCCCCCUACCCCCUGUAAUGUUCCCUCGGGCAGGGUGGUCGUCCAAGACUAGCGCUAUUCAGCGCCUGUCAAACAGGACGGUAGUGUUUUUAAAAACUGUUUUAAACUUAAAUCCUGGAACACGUUGGGUCUCUUGCACAUCUUUUGUCGGUGUAAGUCGUCCCUUUUCUCUGUUAGUUUUUAGAAUCUGCUGCUGGGAUUCACGUGACUGCGUGACUCUCUUUUGAAAGGCGAGGGAUCGGAUUAGACGUGGUCUGUGAGAUUAUUCUGAGCACAUAAACGUGUCUGAGACCCGAGUCUGUGCAGGUCCAGCACUGAGGAUUCGCAACAGCACUGAUGUGACUAUUACAGAAAUGAUGCUGACUGGGGAGUGUGUGUGUGCCGGGCUUCUGACAAGGAAAAGGGGGAGGGGGGCGGGGGCGGGGGGGGGGGGGGGGUUGAAGAAGAGUCAACGGUUUUUUGAAAUGAGGCGAGAUGCAUUUCUGGUCAAUCUUAUAAGUAAUUAAAAACAAACUCUCGACUUGUGUGGGUUUCUCUUGUGUGGUUUUUGUUUUUAAAUGCAGGUUUCCUGCACUUGGAAGUCUGUCACGGUAUCUCUCUUUUUGCAAAGGUGUCCUUGGCAUGGUGUUCCUGAGCGUGCCGAGUAAACAGGGUUUGACACAACUUUUUUGCUGUAGACUAGUGAACAGUGUACCUAGCAGUUUGAGUAUUAACAUGCAAUUCCUUAGAUUUUUUUUUUUUUUUUAUAUGUAACAUUUAAAAUUUCACCCCCUUGUAACUCUGAGAUCCAGUUCAUUGUUUUUAUUUUUAUUUUAUUUUUGUUUUCGAUAUUUCAAUGUUUUUUAAAAGGCGAGCAACGUUUAUCAUGUCAUUGGAAGUGUUAAUGUAAUAAAAAAUUGAAAUAAACUGCUCUGCACUUUUUAUUUUGUAUGUUCUUGUAUCAAAAAUGUAGUAAACUUUUAGUUUUCAACAUUCUACAAA